AAAUGGAUAUAUAUAUAUGUUGUCUUUGGUGUUGUGUUUAAGUAUUUUUUGUUGUGUUUUUGUGGGAACGACGUGAAAUGUGAAUUAUGGCGGAUGCAAGUGGUGUACAGGGUUUUCGAAGAGUUUGUUAAACACCUGUAGUUAAAAUUUAUGUAUUUAUGUUAUUUUCUAGUGUUCGAAGCUUUUACAGACCUCGUCAACGAAACUACUAACAAGUUAAAGUCUUGAAUAUACUUGAUUUGGAACAUCCUUACGUCUAGCUUACUGAAGAUGGGAAGAGUAAAAAGAAGUACAAGAUCUGAGAGAUUAAAAAAUAAAAGUUUGUGUGUUGCAACAGAAAAUACUAGUAAAGGAGUUUUAUCAAACCUUAGUAGUAACAAAAAUACAAUCACUAAAUAUUUUGAUUCAUACACUUCUUCAGAACUUGAAGAGGUGGAGAACUUACAAAACUCAGUGCCAGUUAGAGGGAAGAAUAAACCAGCCAGUAAACGUAAGUUAUUGAAUUUGGAAAGUAUUAAUGAUACUUUGAGGCAAGAGUCCCUUUUAGAUGGAAAAGAAGUCAGAACACCUCAUAAAAUUCAGUUGUGUGAUCCAAGUCUUGAAGUUUUAUCAUCACGAGUUCUUUCUCAGAUUGAUGUUGAAUCAUCGCCUAAAAAGGUGAAGCAGCAACAUUCUUCCGAUGCACCUCAUGAAAAUUACGUUGGGAGCAAACUAGAUUCCCAUCCAAAGCCUGCUUUGAAAGUUAAUUCCGUUUCUAAGCCACUAUCAAACCGUAAGGUAACAGAUUUCUUUGCUGUACGGCGUAGUGUUCGCAAAACCAAGACGACUAUGUUGAAAGAACAGCAGCAUUCAUUAGAAGAAGCUAUACUGUCUAAACAAGAGAACGGUCUUGAAAUUUGUUACUUUCAACAGAAAGGGCGUGGUAUCGUUGCCACCCGGCCUUUUAUCAAGGGAGAGUUUGUCGUAGAAUAUGCCGGUGAACUGAUUGACAUGAGCGAAGCGAAGAUAAGGGAACAGAAGUAUUCUCGAGACGAGAAUACAGGCUGCUACAUGUACUACUUCCAGCACCACAAUGUACAGUACUGUGUCGAUGCAACUGCAGAAACUGGAAGAUUUGGUCGUCUAGUAAAUCACAGUCGAAAUGGAAAUUUAGUACCGAGGGUGGUGGUUCUGAAUGAUUGUCCACAUUUAGUUCUGGUUGCUAAAGACAAUAUUAUGCCAGGAAAAGAAAUUGUGUAUGACUAUGGUGACAGAUCCAAAGAAUCUUUACGGUACCAUCCAUGGUUAGCUACAUAGCUUUAGUAGAAAAAAAUGAAAAAUAUACGUUUUGUGUUCAGAUAUUUUUUGUGACCAUUUUAUAAAAAUUUGAUUUAUUAGCUGCUGAUAAAUUUUUCUCACUGCUCACAGACAGAAGAAUUAUUGGAAACAAUUGUGUGAUUUUUCCAUGUUUAGAAUGCUUUGUUGUGUUUUGGAAGUUGGUUUUAGUGAUAAAUUUCACUUGUAGUAGAUUUGGUUCUUAAAGUUGGUUUGCAUGAGAUAAGUUUGGACCUGUGCAAAUUGUUUGCAGUUACUUUAGUACAAAUCAAUAUAAUAAGCAGUUCAAACAUGUGAAAUAACACUGAAAUGUAUUUAAAAAGAGUUUUAAAAAGUUGGUAAAAUUACUUUGUCAACUCUUAAGCAAGACUUAAAGUGCUAUUAUUUUUGUUUUGUGUUUAGUGCAUUCUGUUAUAUUAUGUGGUAGUUUUUAUCUUAUUUCAAUAUGGCAAAUGAAACCACUCACACAACUAGCUAUAGUUGCACAGUCUUUUUAAUUAAUGUUUUGAUAUGAGUAUUUAUGGUAAGAAAACAUGAGUUGCCACCGGUAAUAGUAUUUAAAUUUGUAUUUUUUAUACUAACUUAAUUUGUUGUGUUUAAAAUUCAACAUUAAUGUAUUUUAAAUUGUUAAGUUAGAUCAUAUUUUUUUAAGUGCACAGUAAAACCCAUAUGAUAUGAA